AUGCGCCGGCCGCCCGAUAAAGAUGGCCAUUCUGCCAUGACCGAACGAGACGUUGUCUCUUCUAAUGCCACCUUGAAUGCCUUUUUGGGCGGGUCUCGACAAAAACCUUGGAUGCUUGCAGGAGGGGCUUCAGUACGACCGACUCCACGACGUCCUAGCAUUACAACACCAUCCGAUCAGAGCAAUUCUAAUAAUACUCAAAGAGGGUCGACCGCAAAUCUACUUUCGCCAGUAACAAGUAACGAAUCAUCAAGUCCCGGAUUGGCGAACAAUCAUACGCCUCUUCAUACUCCACACCCCGCCGCUGUCUCCGGCACGCAUGGUUCUCCGAGAGGGAAUGCUGCAAUCGCAACAAGUCAGGCUCUUCAAGACGCAUAUACUACACCUUCAAAUACCGAUAUAGUCCAGCCUCAACUUUCCCCUGAUGCAUCGAGAGGUGAAGUCGACGAACCUCGCACAGUGGCAGUAUCUGCAAGGUCUCCUUCGGAAGAAGCCCCUCAACUGCAGACCCCAGCAAAUAUCGCAUCAACCCAAAGAUCGACCAAUGAUAUACCCUGUAGACAAUCUUCAGAUCAAAAUAGAGGAAACCAAACACCACCCGUUACAACAGGAAAUUCAGCGAGUUCACGCACGAUGCAGGGUACUGUAGAUCAGGCAUCAUUUUCUCAUGCGCAAUCACAUCCGCGACGAGCAUUACCACCCACGAUGCCUUCCUUGAAACCCCGCGUUGCAUUGCUAAAGAGUUACAUCGAACAUUGUGGGGGUAUGGCCAACUUGAAUUCUGCUCUCGAAAAGCCAAGGUUCAGCUUGAUGGAAACUGCCUGCAAUGCUGAGGAUGCUUUUUAUGUCGCAUUACAUCAACUGUUCUGUACAUGGGAUACUAGUCGUAGAGACAUUACAGGUUUGCCUGGGCUCCCAGACUCAGCGACUCUGGCUCUUGCGUUUCGGAUAUUGGGUCAGCUGAUACGAGACAAUGAGGCUAUGGCACCAGCUCAUCUUAGAUGGUUUGCCAAGUUCCCGAGUCCAUUGGUGGACCUGGUAACAAACUCGCAACCAUAUCGGCGCACUAUUCGAGAAGUUGGAAUAUUUCUCUCAAAUUUGGCUUCUGAUUGGCCAAACUUAACCAAGCUGUGUGCUGUUAGAGGUCAUCCUCCGUUGGUUGAUGAGCUAGUAAAUCGAUUAGGGCUGUUAUCACCCACGUUACAAAACAUUGUAUUCACUGCGAUGAGGCGGAAUCUUAAUAUUGUGGAUAACGAAUUUGGUAAUCAAAUGGAGAGGGUGUUUGAACAAGAUAGAACCGAACACAGAGAACUCGCUGCUCGAUACAAUACUUCUCACCCACCCUCGGAGAGAGAGAUCAAAGAAAGGACUAAAAUCAUAGUAGAUAAAUACAUGAUGAUUUCACAGAAAUUGCGUCAGAAGAAGCAGAUGGCACCGCAACCUUCAACAACAGCACCGGCGCCGGUGCCUUCCUCGAACACUUUUGGGACGGGUCAGAUCCCAGUGACUACAAACGGGCCGUACUCCUAUCCAAACCGUCCUGCUUCAAAUCUCAACCAAAGUGCCAGUCGUCAACAAAAUGAUGCCCCAAACCGUCAAAUUGGUCAAAAUUUAGGCCAAAUACGAACAUCAUUCACUGGACCACCGUUACUUUCAACCAUGACGAGCGCGAUUGGCAGCCAUCCAAACAUUGCGCCUCGCGCGAAUGCAGAUACGCCUAGUCCAAUUCCUAUGCAGGGUCUAUCAAUGGGGUCGCCAAUGCAACACGGGUUUCCCUAUUCGUCACCAGUUUUGCAAAGUAAUGGUACUCAGUUUCCAUCGCCUGUCUUGCGGAACAAUGGCACUCAAUCACCAACGAUCAUUGCACAAAACCAGGGACUUCCUCAAGGACAACACUAUUAUGAUCCACGAUUCGACCCUAGACAACAAGCGCAUUACCCACAACAACUACUGCAACAACAAUUUGGUCAGCAAGGACAGUACGGCACAAACAAUCCUCAACAAGCGAGUUUUCAGCAAAUUCAACAAGCUCAGAUGCAACAACAGCAACAACAACAGUGGCUACAGCAUUCGUCUGUAUUACCACACAAUCCUCAGCAUCAUACGUUACAGCAGCAGAUAUCUCAGCAGCAGACAUCUCAGCAUCAUACGUUUCCGCGGCAGAUAUCUCAGCAUCAGAUACCUCAGCAACAGCAAGCUUUCGCAAUGCAGCAUCGUCCUCAUCUGAGAAGAGAUAGCAAUCUUGGCAAUGGUCAGCAACAACAGCAGCAAAUUUCACCAAGAAAUGUCAGUAGAAAUGGUAGCAGAAAUAACAGCGUUUCUAGUGAACAUGUGCUCCCAUUGGCCAACGGUUCUGUUCCUAUGCAACAUUUCCCCCAAGGGAUGCAAAUACCACCCUGCCCAAGACCAAUACCUAUUGAAGAGCAGCGCCGCAUACAUUAUCGCAUGUCUGACCCGUUGAAAAGACCUAUAAUUCCUCCCCUUGGUUUUGUUCAUCCCCAAACGAUUCCAGAUCCAGACUCAAAUACCCUCCAUCAAUCACAUGUUCGCAGUCCUCGCUUGGUCACUGUCGACGUUCCUAAACUUGGAGGUGACGACACAUCUCGCAGAUUUUAUCAAUUUGUGAAGGAUUUCCCCAUGGCUCCAAGGAAGAUACCCUUCGAGCUUACACUCAAUAAGUUCACAUUUCAAGUCCCCACUGAUGCAUUAACGCAUAUUUCUCGCGAUAGAUUGAUUGGCACAGAUCCUUUGACAAUCCGUGAGGUCAGAUCUAAAUCUCUGCAAUUCCGAUUAAGAUGCGUGUCGACAGCCGUAGAUACAGAAGAAUUUCCGGUUCCGAGUUGGGUAAUUUCGGAUACUGUGUGGCCUGAAAUGAUCUUUAUGGAUAUCAACAGCAACGAUUACUAUCCAAAUACCUUGGAAAUUCGACGAAAAAUGCACCAUGGGAAAGACCUACCGAUCGAUAUUACACCUUAUAUACGUGCUGGAACCAAUGAGAUUACAAUAUCGAUGCCCAAGUUGACUACAGCAAUCAAACAGAGGGAAUACUUCGUUGCUGUUGAAGAAAUUGAAAUUUUACAGCAUGAUGAAAUUAUGGAUAUGUGUAAGGAGCAAAGUAUCUCUGCGGCAACAGUCGUGGAAGAAAUCAAGAAGAAGCUUGCAGGCCCGACUGAGGAAGACGAUGAGUUACUAAUAAUGGCCAGCGAUCUUUCCAUUGAUCUUACUGAUCCUUUCACCACAAGAAUCUUCGAAAUCCCUGUCCGUGGUAAAGAUUGCCUGCAUCGAGAAUGUUUUGACCUCGCAACCUUCUUAUUGACACGCGUGAGCAAACCGAAACGACCAGAACAGCCUUCGUUGGUUGACGGUUGGAAGUGCCCACUUUGCUUCUUCGACGCACGUCCAUACAGCCUUCAGUAUGAUGAAUUCUUGGCCUCUGUCAGAGAGAAAUUACAGAAACAAGAUAAUCUCGAUGUUAAAUCAAUACUGGUUACGGCGGAUGGUACCUGGCGGCCAAAGCCAGAGCUGCACUCUUCACACAAACGAAAGUCGACCACCGGUGGAGAUGGCGAUGAUGAUGAUGAUUCGAUAGAUGAAGAUAGGCCAAGCAAAAAAUCUACACAUGGCGUCAAGACAAGCGUGGUGGAAAUAAUUGAUUUGGAUGAUGAUUAA